AUAAGCUAGCAGCAACAGCAGUGAAGUGAAAAAAAUCAUUUAAUACGUGCAAUUUAGCAAAAGUUCAUGCAAAAAUGUGUAAAAAGAGUGUAUAAAGUUUUAUAGUAGUGCGUAAGCGUCGCGUCGGUAUGUCUCGUAUGUGUUUUGAAUGUUUUAAUUACGUGUGCAACAACCAAAUAUUUGUGUACAAAUAAACAAAACGACCUGUGAAAAUAUCGCCCACGCCUUCCUUCCGCUAACCGUAGUCAAAAUUCACCGUCGCAUUGACAGUAGCAGCUACAAGCGCAGUGAAAGCAGUUGAAAAUAUUGAAAGUUACAAAUAUCGUAGCACAAUUUAAUUGGAUCACGGCGACGUUAAAAACGCCCACAUCUUCGGAGGUCAUCAGCGUCACCGGCGCAAUGCCACUGGCCGAUUUGAAUAAAGAUUUGCGCCAACAGCAUCAGCUAGGCGUAGGUAUUGCUGUCGGAAAUAAUGCCCAUCCGGACAAUGCCAAUGGCGCCUUGGUCCAGCAGCAGCGGCGCCAGCGUAUGCAGAUCACUUCGUCAGGUUGUAGUAGUCUGGCCGUGACACCGAUGGAGCACACACCCACUGAUGAAGAAAGUGGUGGUGUGACCACCGUGACGUCAUCCCAGCGCAGGCAGCAGGCACAGCAACAGCAACAACAUUUGCAACAGGUGCAACAAACAGCAUUACAAGCUGCAUUAGAACAACAUCACAUCAGCUCCGAUACGGCGGAUACGACUGAACUGAUGGAUUUAAGUGAUUCGGAAGGUUAUGCGCCAGCUGUGGGUGAUGGGGAGUUGCGCGAAAAUGAGUUCGAGCUACGCGAAGUAAUAAAGGAAGGCCAUGACAAAGCCGACCCAUCACAAUUCGAAUUGUUGCGUGUACUGGGCGAAGGUAGCUUCGGUAAAGUGUUUUUAGUACGCAAGGUUAUUGGCAAGGAUGCAGGUACGCUAUACGCGAUGAAAGUGCUGAAAAAAGCCACGCUGAAAAUCAAGGACCGUGUGCGUAGUAGAAAUGAGCGUAAAAUUUUAGCCGACGUCGGGCAUGCGUUUAUCGUGAAACUGCACUAUGCCUUCCAAACACCCGGUAAAUUGUAUUUAAUAUUGGAUUUUUUGCGCGGUGGUGAUCUAUUUUCAAGAUUAUCAAAAGAGGUGAUGUUUACGGAGGACGAUGUCAAAUUUUAUUUGGCUGAAUUGGCUUUAGCAUUAAAUCACCUGCACACAUUGGGAAUAAUUUAUCGCGAUUUGAAACCGGAAAAUAUUUUGUUGGACGAAAACGGGCACAUAGCGCUUACUGAUUUUGGUCUGUCGAAGCAGCCUUUGGAUGGCUCCAAAACGUAUAGUUUUUGUGGUACCGUCGAAUAUAUGGCACCGGAAAUAGUGAAUCGCAAGGGACAUGGUGUGGCAGCCGAUUGGUGGUCUUUUGGUGUAUUGAUGUUCGAAAUGUUGACAGGAAAUUUGCCAUUCCAUGGACAAACGCGUCAAGAAACAAUGAAUCAAAUAUUACGCUCGAAAUUGGGAAUGCCCGAAAACUUAUCGCCCGAGGCGCAAUCGCUUUUGCGUGCACUAUUUAAACGUAAUCCCCAAAAUCGUCUAGGUGCUGGAGAACACGGCAUACUGGAUAUUAAAGCGCAUUGUUUCUUUGCAACAAUUGACUGGGUGAGGUUGGUGCGGAAAGAAGUACGUCCACCAUUUAUACCAGCAGUGUCGCGAGAUGACGCGUUUUACUUCGAUAUCGAGUACACCUCAAAGCCGCCACAUGAUUCGCCCGGUGGUCCAAUUUCUGCAUCGGCACAUGAAAUCUUUCGUGGCUUCAGUUUUGUGGCGCCGGUGUUACUGGAUGAAUCUUCUAACAAUUCCAGUCCACUGUCGCCUUAUGUGCCCCACGCACACAACCCGCAGCGUACUCUGCCUGGUGUGCUGCCUGGCAACUUUCAUUCAGAAUACAAUUUGUUGCAAGAAUUAGGACGCGGCACAUUUUCCGUAUGCCGUUUGUGUGAGCAUCGCUCAACCAAAAAGCAUUUUGCAGUUAAAAUUAUUGAAAAGGCAGCGGCAGCGGCGUCGUCCACCUCCGCCGAUUGUUGGGAAGAAGUUGAAAUAAUGCUGAGAUACGGAAAUCACCCUAACAUUGUCACUCUAUUCUCAGUGUACGAGGACGUAACGUCUGCGUAUCUAGUUAUGGAGUUGCUGAAAGGAGGAGAGCUUCUCGAUCGCAUACUAGCAGUGGGACAAAUGUGCGAAAGUGAAGCCAGCGCAGUGCUAAGGACGGUUGUGUCAGCUGUGGCGUACCUGCACGAGCAUGGUGUUGUGCAUCGUGAUCUAAAACCAUCGAAUAUGAUUUAUGCCAGCAUGCGGCAAACGCCGGAGACUCUAAAACUUUGUGACCUGGGAUUUGCAAAGCAGCUGCGUGCCGACAACGGUCUGCUGAUGACACCAUGCUAUACAGCCAACUUUGUGGCGCCAGAAGUACUGAAACGUCAAGGUUAUGACCUGGCCUGCGAUAUCUGGUCAUUAGGAGUGUUGCUCUACAUUAUGCUCUCGGGUCGCACACCGUUCGCUUCAACGCCAAACGACUCGCCUGAUGUGAUAUUAAAGCGGAUAGGUUCCGGACAUGUGGACUUCACUUCUAGUCGGUGGGCGAUGACCGGCCACGAAGUGAAAGAUCUGCUACGCCAAAUGCUACACAUCGUGCCGGAGAAUAGACCGACAGCAGCACAAAUUUUGCAACACCCGUGGCUGCGCGAACAGUCAGCGGGCUCAGUGCGCCUCACAGAGUACGCGAUAAUACCCACGCAAAUGUCAGCCAAGGGUGUCAAUGCCACAGGUGAAAGAGGUGUGGGCGUGGCGCAACCCAACGCCAAUUCUGUGCGCGAGGCAACAGCAGCACUACGCGGCGCAGUCGAUGCGACUUUUCGCGCAAUUGCAAUACCACAAGCGGCAAAUGUGGGACCAGUAGAAUUGUCGAAAUUGGCGAAACGACGUGCCAAAGACCGAGCCAACCUGCACUCGUAAAUUUUUUUGGCGAAAUUUCAAUGAAUCACCUGCUGGGGGGCUAGGAGUGAGCUAGAUAAAAACCAUUUAGUGUGCUAAAUGGAAAUUUGUUUACCAUAAAAGCAACGUUGGUGCGUGUGUGGAGAAGCAAAUUGCCAUCAUUAUACUGUGGCGCACAUUGUUAGCGUAUUUAUUAAUAAAACAUUUAUCUAGUGGCGAGGAGAGGCGGGGAGUAAUUAUAUUUUUAGGCGUUUUGUCAACUUCUUACGCACGACUUCCAGCUGCACAACACACAACCCGCCCCAAUUAAGAGGGCGUUGAGACCAGCUGGUGUGCGUUCGUUUGUGUUCUGUGCGCGUUUUUAAAUGUGACGAGAUUUUGCGUACAAACUAAUUAUUUAUUUUAUAAAAUAAUACUUGUUGUUUGUAUGCGAUUCAAUACAUAUUAACAAUUGUAAAUUAUAAACAAGAUAAACAUAAGAAGAAGAAGAGAAGUAUAUUUUUUUGCAUAACUACUUACUCAAAAAUAAUGGCCAAAGUUAUAAUGCUUAUCACAACUAACAAACAAAAAUUAAUACAAUAUUACUUGAAAACAUUGUAUACCUGUACACGCAGCAAAAGCUGCAAACAUAUUCUAAAUAAGUAUUUUCUAAAACGAUUUCAACCACGUUUAGUGUUCGUAGCAGCGAUAAAUAGAUUCAGGCAACUUCCGUAAGAACAAUUCCAAAAGAAUUUCUCAUGCCAUUGCCAAAUUUUUGACGUGUGCACCUGCAGCACUCCGCGUUUGAAAUCAAAAUUAUGCAGGAAUUUUACUGAAUAAUAAAUGACAGACCUAUAUUUUGUAUAAAAUUAUUGAAUAUGGUAAAAUUGUAAAUUUCUCGCUUAAUUGUAGUGAAAUUGAAUUGUGAAAACAAUACGAGAUUGUGAUUUGCCUUUGAGAAUAAGUAUAAAACUCUGCAAACAUGCAUACGCACAUAACCUAGAAGUGAGCUCGGCUGAACGCUGAACAAUUAAUUUGUAAAGACGAAAGUUACAUAUGUGGAAAUAUUGUGGUCAGUUGGAAAGUGAUACUUGUUUUGUAUAUUAAAAAUCCAAUUUGAAAUACUUGUUGGGAGAAUUUGAGGAAAGUAUUUAUCUAGUAAUGUAAGUAAUUAAUUACGUAAGCAUGGACUCUCCGGAGUCAUAAUAAUGAGUUGCUGACUUCUCCUACUCACUUGCGGUUUCUGUAUUUCCAAAGUCGUGAAUGUACAUGUGGAAAAAUGCCAAGCAUUGCUGCUCCUGAACGCAAACUAAAAGAAGAAAAGUAAAGUAAAGUUAAUGAACAAAUUAUAUUGGCGAUUGAAUGCGUGCAAUUAAGAUAGAUACAGUUGUAGUUUUAGUGAAUUUAAAUUUGACAUUUUGUAACUCGGCUGUAAUUCGUAUACAUAUAAUCACAUUAUCGCUUCUAACUACAAACAUAUAUACAU